AUGUCCGAUAAAAAGAUGACUUCCAGCCGCAGGCAUCACCUGAAGAGUGUGAUCCUGAGCAUCGCUCAGAAGUGGCUGGACGAAGAGGCGAAGGAGGACAUUGCGGCCAAAGAGGCCUACAUGGCCGAGAACUGCCCCCCCGCCGACACCAGCGGAGACCAGAACGCCCUGAUGGAAUACUGCAAGAAGCUGAACGCGAUCAUCGAGCGGAUCGACGAGGAGAGGUACGACAUCGUGGGCAAAGUGCAGAAGGCCGACGUAGAGAUUGAAGACCUGAGGAUCAAGGUGGUGGACCUGAGAGGAGUGAAGAAGCCGGCCCUGAAGAAGGUCCGCAUGUCAGCCGACACCAUGUUGAAGGCUCUGCUGGGCUCCAAGCACACGGUCAACAUGGACCUGAGGGCCAACCUGAAGCAGGUCAAGAAGGAGGUCAAGGAGGAGCCGACAGAAGCCGCUGGCGACUGGCGUAAGAACAUCGAGGACAAGGCGGACAGGAAGAAGAUGUUCGAGACCUCCUAG